AUGAAGGGUCAAGAGUCUAUGUUCGAGGCUUGGGAGAGAUUCAACACCUUGUUAAAGAAAUGCCCCAACCAUGGACUAUCUCCGGGCCAUCAAGUGAGCCUCUUCUACAAUGGAUGUUCGGAUUUUAUCAAAAGUCAAUUAGACUUUGGCUCGGGAGGAUCAUUCUUGGACAAGGAGGUCGAUGAGUGCAAGAAGAUGCUUCAAAGGCUUGCCUAUACUAGCAAGGGUUGGAGCUCGGGCCGAGAUAGUUCAAUGCCGGUAGCUUCGGUUGUGAAUUCAGAUGCAUUCAAUCUUCUCAACCAACAAGUGAUGUUGUUGAAUCAAAAGGUGGAUGACCUUAAUUUGGGGGUGGCACAUAUGGGAGAGCCUUUACAUACCAUGGAAGAUGUCAAUUAUGUGCAUCAAGGAGGGAAUCAAAGGAACUACUCCAACUAUCGCCCUAACAAUGGGGGUGGUAAUUAUCAAGGCUAUCGCGCACCAUUCAAUGCACAUCCAAACCUUGCUUAUGGCAAUCCUAACAAUGUUAUCCAACCACCUCCACCUCCACCUCCUUGUUUUCCUACAUCUAGUGGGCCAACAAGUGGGGUCGCUAAUAUUCCCACCUCUUCUAAAUCUUCAGGUGAUGAUGUUACCCAUGAGCUUCUAAAAGCUCUCAUGGAGAAGACCGAUGGGAUCAUGACACACUCUACUAUGAGGAAUGAUAAAGUUGAGACAUCGGUAGUGGAGGUCAAUACAAGAUUGGGGGCCUUAGAGCACCAAGUAAGUCAAAUUUCCCAAGCCGUCUGGCAAAUACAUCAACCGGGGCAAUUUCCAAGUACUACAAUUCCAAACCCGGAGGAUUGCAAGGCUAUCUACUUGAGGAGUGGGACUAGCUAUGAGAGGCCUCCUAUGCCCGAGGUGGAAGCUAAGGAAGUGCCAGAAUAG